AUGCCCUCUCCCAUGACCGCCAUCGGGGGACGCGACUCCGAUGGGUGGAACCAGCAUGUUGCCCCCCGCCGGCGCGGAAGGCAUGUUCGUCUCACCACGCCACCCUCCGGCGGCGAGGCCGGCGGCAGAGACAGCGCCCGCCGCGGCUCGUUCCCGAGUGUGACGCUAGACGGCGGCUGCCGCCCCUUUGGGAGCCUUCGUGGGACGCCCACGGUGGGUGCCAGCAUCACCAGGUCCGUCACCAUCAACAGCAGUAUGAGCUCUGACGAGGUGUUCGAACACCUCCGUCAGAUUGUUUCAUCGACAGUGCUGUCCGGCCUCUCGGGCCACCUGCUCCGGUUCGUGGCCCCAUCCUUGAUGGGCAACUUCGGCGAGUCAUCCGAGCGAGGAUUCAUCCUGGCUAUCUCGGCGCCUUUCAGCGAGGCUUUCGUGGGGCCCGAGAAGAAGCGCCAUUUCUCUGGACAGCAACCGUCCACCACCAACAAGGUUAUGGCGGCAAUCAGCUGCAUGUGGGUCGGACCCGUCACCUCCGAGUUCCCAGCGAUCCUCGCCAAGAACAUCUCGCCGUACAGGAGCGAGCUCCACGCCGCCGUUCGGUUGGGCCUGGCGGAGCACAUCAUCCUACCCGCUCUAAACGACGAGAUCCGAGCCAACCUGGGAGCGGAGACCGCGUCCGACCUCAUCCGCGGGGUUCGCGCUUCUCUGUACACCAUGGAUGCGGACGGGGGCAUUGUUUUGUGUGCUUCGGGAGCGAACGCCCGCCGCGUCGAGGCCUUCAUGCACGCCACCUUCGUUCGAGCGAUGAAGGCCCACCGCGCCAAUGACCGCCAUGGCCUGUCCAUGGCCGAUAUCUUCGGCGGGAACAGCCUCCGUCGCGACUUCGCCAACCAGGUUGCGACCCCGCUCGCCCUGCACGCCAUCGCGGAGCUAGAGCAUGCCCCUCUCACUGACGUGGGCGCGCCGGAGACCAUCGCCUGUCGAGCUGUGAGGCAGGUGAGGAGCUGGUUCAAGCUACAGACCGGCGGAUUCGGAGCGAAGAACCAGAGGGCGUUCCAAGAAGCGUGA